AUGGUCACAUUAAUUAUCUUGUACUUGAGAUCAAGAAACGCAGAGGCAAAGGAGAAUCGGAAGAAAAUUAAGAAAUUUUUGGAAGAUUGUGAGUCUCUAAAUCCGACAAGAUACUCAGUUGUAGAUGUUCAAAAGAUGACAAAUGAAUUCAAGAAGAAGCUAGGCCAAGGGGGCUAUGGACGUGUAUUCAAAGGUGAGCUUGAAAAUGGAAUGCCGGUAGCUGUGAAAGUACUUGACAACUCCAGAGGCAAUGGAGAAGAUUUCACCAAUGAAGUCAGCACAAUUGGGAGGAUUUACCACCUCAAUGUCGUUCGGUUGUUUGGUUAUUGUGCAGAUGGGUCAAACCGAGCUCUUGUCUACGAGUUCAUGCCAAACAAGUCCCUAGAUAAAUUCAUUUUUCCAGUGAAUUCAAAUAGGCCGAAGCUUAGUUGGGGAAAGCUUCAACAUAUUGCCAUUGGUGUGGCCAAGGGAAUUGAGUAUCUUCACCAGGGAUGUGACCCAAGAAUCUUGCAUUUCGACAUCAAGCCACAAAAUAUCUUGUUAGACAUCGACUUCAAUACUAAGAUAUCAUAUUUUGGUUUAGCAAAGCUUUUUCCGAAGAAGGAAAGUGAUGUGUCCAUAACUGCUGUCAGAGGAACCAUGGGUUACAUUGCACCAGAGGUCUACUUCUCCGGGGACAUUGGAAAUGUAUCGUAUAAAACAGAUGUUUACAGUUUCGGUAUGUUGUUAUUUGAAAUGGUUGGAGGUAGGAAAAACAAGGAUCUGACAGUGGAAAACACAAGCCAAGUUUACUUUCCUCAGUGGGUUUACAAUCGCCUUGCAGAUGGGGAGGAUUUGGGAAUUAAAGAGGAGAAAGAUGGAGACGCUGACAUUGCAAAGAAGUUAUCAGUUGUGGCGAUCUGGUGCGUACAAUGGGAUCCAACUAAUCGACCUUCGAUAAGCACCGUAAUUCAGAUGUUGGAAGGAAGAACAGGAAGCUUCCCCCUGCCACUGGAUCCUUUUGCUUCCCUCGGCUCGAAAGAAAGUGACAUGAAUGUCCCAUAA